CCUCUCUCUGGUGUAGACGAUCUGUGUGUGUGUGUGUGUGUGUAGUACACUGGCUGCUCGGCUCGGACCGGAGCAGCUACCGGGCGACUCUCUCGUGUCUUCACCGCGGACCGCUGCGUCUCUCACGGUCGAGUCCGGUUCGUCCUCGGGGAUUCCCACUCCUCCAGCGCCCCGUUGUUUAUGGUCGCGACACCGGCAGCUGCUAACCUCAGAGGCUCGCUGGCUAACGGAGCGGCGGCAGAGUGGAGCCAGCAGGUCGGACCGAGGCGCAGGGGACGUUAGCAAACAAGCUAAUUAGCCAGAAAGACCGAGCCUGGAUUAUUAUCUCUAAUCAAAGAGGAACCGAGCGAGUCUGCGGAGAAACUCACUGCGGCAACACCAUGAAGAUCACGGUGGACUUCGAGGAGUGUUUGAAGGACUCCCCGCGGUUCAGAGCCACCAUAGAGGAAGUAGAGGGGGAUGUGUGUGAGUUGGAAUCCAAGCUGGACAAAUUGGUGAAGUUGUGUAUUGGGAUGAUCGAUGCUGGAAAAGCCUACAACGCAGCCAACAAACAGUUUGUAAAUGGGAUCCGAGAAUUAGCCCAGUCAUCCACCAGAGAUGAAGUCAUCGAGUCCAGUCUCACAAAGUUUGCAGAGAGCCUGCAGGAGAUGAUCAACUAUCACACGAUAUUAUUUGAUCAAGCCCAGAGAUCAAUCAAGACCCAGCUUCAAACCUUUGUCAAAGAUGACCUGCGUAAGUUUAAAGAAGCCAAGAAGCAGUUUGAUAAAGUGAGCGAGGAAAAGGAGGCAGCACUGAUAAAGAACGCCCAGGCGCCCCGCAACAAGCAGCAUGAAGUGGAAGAGGCCACCAACAUCCUCACUGCCACACGCAAGUGCUUCCGACACAUCGUCCUCGACUACGUCUUACAGAUCAAUGUGCUGCAAUCCAAGAGAAGAUCGGAAAUCCUGAAAUCAAUGCUGUCCUUCAUGUACGCCCACUUGACCUUCUUUCACCAAGGAUAUGACCUCUUCAGUGAACUACAACCUCUUAUGAAACACCUUGGAGGACAGUUGGACCAGCUGGUGGUGGAUGCUGCCAAAGAGAAGAGAGACAUGGAGCAGAAACACUCCACCAUCCAGCAAAAGGCUGCUCUGCAGGAGGUGACAGAGCUCGAGUCUUUACCAGGCUACCGCAACUUUUGUGCUUGGACCUCCGAUUUCUCGAAUGAUGACACCAAGCUGGAAUACAAUGUGGACGCAGACAACGGCAUCGCCAUGGAGGGUUAUCUUUUUAAAAGGGCCAGCAACGCCUUCAAGACAUGGAAUAGGCGUUGGUUCUCCAUCCAAAACAAUCAGCUAGUUUACCAGAAGAAAUUUAAGGACAACCCAACAGUGGUGGUAGAGGACCUUCGGCUAUGUACUGUCAAACACUGUGAAGACAUAGAGCGUCGCUUCUGUUUCGAAGUGGUGUCACCUACCAAGAGCUGUAUGAUGCAGGCAGACUCAGAGAAGCUGCGACAGGCCUGGAUCAAAGCUGUCCAGAACAGCAUCGCCACCGCCUUCCGCGACAAGGGAGAUGAAGGCGAGAAGCUGGACAGGAAAUCGUCCACAUCGACAGGGAGUCUUGACUCAGGUGGGGAGCCAAAGGAGCGAUCGCUGAAAGGAGAGAGUGCCCUGCAGAAGGUCCUGGCCAUCCCGGGCAACACCUGCUGCUGUGACUGUGGCCAGCCAGACCCUCGCUGGGCCAGCAUCAAUCUGGGCAUCACCCUCUGCAUACAGUGCUCUGGUAUUCACAGGAGUCUUGGAGUUCAUUUCUCUAAAGUUCGGUCUCUGACUUUGGACACGUGGGAACCUGAACUUCUUAAGUUGAUGUGUGAAUUGGGAAACGGAGUGAUUAACCAGAUCUAUGAGGCUCGACGAGAGGAGCUAGGAGCCAGAAAACCACAGCCAGGAGACCCCAGACACGAGGUUGAGGCCUACAUCAAAGCCAAAUACGUAGACCGUCGGUUUGUGCGCCGCCCGUCAGACGAGGAGCUUCGCAACAAAGUGGUCUCUCUGAGCAAACAGGAGAAGAGGCUGAGCAGCAGCUCCGAGCACCUGCCCCCCAGACCACCUCCACCUACCCCCAAACUCCGACCGGGUUCAAACACCUCUGGACAAACAGCUGCUGCCAGCGGCUCGGAGACUCGCCGCGACUCUCUCUUCUGUCCUGAUGAGCUUGACUCGCUCUUCUCCUACUUUGACACAUCUGCCAAGCUCAGGAGCAUAAAAAGUGCAGACAGCGGCAUCCAAAACAGCGCUGAUGGAAGCAGGGAAAUGCUGGCCAACACCCCGUCCAAUAACAGCCUGGCAGAAGCUGAUGCUGCUGAGUCUCCGCCCAUGGCCAUGCCUGCCAAGCUGCCUCCUCCCUCGCCCUGUAAAGAGAUGGUUUUCUAUGAACCCAAGGAGUACAGCCAAGGUCUGCAGCUGUACUGGGCUUCAUGUGCCCGCAGUCUGCCGGACAUGGCCGAAGCACUGGCCCACGGAGCCGAAGUAAACUGGGUCAAUACUGAGGACGACAAGAGGACGCCGCUCAUCAUGGCGGUGCAGGGGGGGUCACUGGUCACCUGUGAGUUUUUGCUUCAAAAUGCAGCUAAUGUGAACCAGCAGGACGCUCAGGGCCGGGGUCCCCUGCACCACGCCACCAUGCUGGGACACACAGGACAAGUUUGUUUGUUCUUAAAAAGAGGAGCGAAUCAAAAUGCUGCAGACAUUGACGAGAAGACACCACUGACCAUAGCGGUGGAUGCGGCCAAUGCAGACAUUGUUACACUGUUGCGACUGGCGAAGAUGAACGAGGAGAUGCGAGAGGCGGAGGGGCCCUACAGCCAGUCAGGUGAUGAAACCUACCAGGACAUUUUCCAGGACUUCACCCACAUGGCCUCCAAUGACCCGGACAAGCUGAACCGUUACCAGCAGUACGACCCGCAGCGACCCUGACGCUGCAGAAACUCCGUCCAGUAGCUCUUAGACAGACGCUGUCACCGACCUGGGAGAGACACAGUUUAUAAACCUCCGCCUCUGCCUGGUCAUUUUCCCUCCCAUCAUUCAGAAACAUCUGCGUUAAAGCCGGUUAGUGCUGCCACAGCUGGACACGUCAGCAUGUCUCACAUGGGAACUCUGUGAAAGGAAAACCUCACUGUUCUUAAACUGGGCUUCUCAGUAGAGGACCUGUGACAACAAGUGAAUGGUACAGUGUUAAACCCUUUGAAAGGAUUCGCAGUAAUUAAAGAAAGAUUUUUAACUCGGUCUGAAUGUAGAGCGCCGACGAGGCUCAGUUUGAUCCCUCCUGACAAAAGACAACUUCUUCUUUAAUACGUUUAAAAAAAGGAGUGUGUUGCAUCAAAGAGCAUGACAGAUUGUUAAAUAGGAUUCUCUUUAUGAGUAUAGGCAUCUUUUUUAUAUCAAACCUUAGUUUUAUGAACUUCCAGCUGCGUAUCCACGGCAAUAUGCUUCCACUUAUUUGCACAAGUCCCUUUGUCUUAAAACAACACUGAUGUUUACCAGUUGUGAUGGUAUGACUUUGACGUGUUGUAAAAUGUACAGUGAUUAUAGAAGUACAUGUUACUGACUGAUUUUAAUGUUAAAUAGAAUUUUUUUUUUUUUAAUGCUUUUUAUUCUUUAACGUUUUUUCUCAGUGAUUCUGGUUUCGGUCCCGUCGACAGCAGCUUUUUUAUGUGUCAGCGCUUCAGCUUCUUGAUUUUGUGGGUUAAAGUAGCUUCAGUUGUCGGACGUGAUCGGUGAUUAGAUUCAGUCUCAUCCUGAUAGAAGAUGAAAAGGUAAAAAACUGAACAUCAGUCUCGACCUGGAGAUUUGAAUGCAGAAUUUUAUUCCCAUUGAUUUUUAAAAGGUUGGUAAAACUUCAUUUAUUUUUUAAAGGUUCAUAAUUUUCUAAUUUUCAGUCCUGGAUGAUUUGGCUUGUUGAUGCAUUUAUGAUAAAUGCAAAUAUUUAGGUGAUCAAUAACCUUGUGUUUCCUAUAACAUGCUAUGAACACUGGUGACUGGAGAGAAAAAAAACUCAUCAUCAUCAAACUGUAUUUAUUUAUAAAUACGAGCAAAUUCUUAUCAGGGAUUCUGAGGACAUUAUGAACCUGUAAUCCACAAUAAAGCAAUACCACCAAAAACAGUUUUAAAGCUACAUGGUUUCAUGUGUUGAGCUGUUAAAAACUGACAUUUUCAGACUCAGCUCAGACGCCUUCACUCAAAAUGUUUAAACUCAGAAAUGAAUUCUGUAAAUAUCAUAAAAGAUGCUCUGCUCUGCGAUUUAGGACUUUUAGUUUUUUCCUUUGAAACUGUACAAUAUUUAAACAUUGAUAGUUUAAACCAGGAUGUGACGUCAGUUCCUGAGGAAAUCUUUGUCCAGUGAUGCAACAUGGGAUACAACUCUUGUACAUUUUGUACAGAUGCUUUUGAAUUCUGCAGAGAACUGAAGUAUAAAGUUAGAGGUACUUGAAUCAUUAAAAUAAGAUGUUGUAUAUGCUGUUCUUUGUAACCUUCAGUCAUUCAGACCAUUUUAUAUUGCCUGUCUGUUAAACCAUAUACAUGUACUGUAUAUUCCACCUGUAAUAUCUAAGAACUUCAAUACAUAGACUGAGGAUU